CAUUUGCAUGUGAAAACUUGAAUCCCCACCCGCUUGGCUUCCCAGCACUUCUCAUGUUGUGAUGUCUUCAGUUCUUUUUUUUUGCCUUCCCUCUCCAGUAGAGAAACUUCACUUUGCUUUUCAACACACUUUUUUAAUCUCUCUGAAAAACCCCGGAUAAGAAUGAACUGCCAACGCGCCGGGAGAUUUCCCCAUAACUGACAGCUCAAGUGUUGAGCUCUGGAGCUUCAUCCAUAUCGGGAGAGUAAUGAUCCAAGCCCCAGCCACAAUGGAAUCCAAUCUAUCUUUGCUCUCCUCCUUGAAGGAAGAGUUCAAGCCUGAAGAUUACAUACAGCCCCAUUACAAAGAGUCUUAUCGUCUAGCCAUUGACUGUCUGGUCAGUGGUGGCAAACAUGUGUAUCAGGAAUUCAUCAAAGCUGAGAAGAUAAUGAGCUUCCUUUCUGAGGACGAAAUCAACUUCAUCAUCCAGAAUGCCGAGCAGCUACCAGUUUGCGCCCAGCCGGAGGAAGUGGAACGACCAGCAGACGAGGAGGCCUCUACAGGGACUUACUGGCCCACGCACUCAGAUGCCCCUCCCCCUGACCUGGACCUGGGAUGGCCGGAGGUUAUACACAACAGGCUGCAGACCAACAUAGACCUGCUCUACCAUCCACCCAGACUAAACAGCCCCACCAUCAAGGAGGUGGUGAGGAAACACAUCCAGGAUGCUAGACAGGUCAUCGCAAUCGCCAUGGACGUGUUUACCGAUGUGGAUAUUUUUAAAGAGGUGGUUGACGCGGCUGUCAGAGGUGUUCCCGUCUACAUCCUCCUGGACCACGAUCAGUUCAAAAGCUUUCUCACUGUGGCUGAAAACCAUGACAUCCAGAUCCAAAAACUCAGGAACAUGAGGGUGCGUACUGUGAAAGGCCAGGAAUACCUCUGUAGGUCAGGCGCCAAGUUCCACGGUGGAAUGGGGCAAAAGUUUCUCCUAGUGGACUGCCAAACAGUGUUUUUUGGAUCAUACAGUUUCAUGUGGUCCUUUGAGAAGAUCCACCUCAGUAUGGUUCAGGUCAUAACAGGCAGGCUGGUGGAGUCUUAUGAUGAGGAGUUUCGGACUCUUUAUGCCCGCUCCACUAUUCCAGAAGAAUUCCAGCCUCAGGAAAUCUCAUCAGAAAGGAGGUUAAAUGGCAAAGUGGAGGGCUACCUUGGUCACCCAACCAAAAUGUUUGAAAGGAGUGACCAGUUAAGGCAUACACUCGAUUCAGUGUACCGACAAACUUGUGAAAGGCAACCAGGCUUUAAGAGUACACUGGAGGACCUCCCCAACCCUAUUACACAUCAAAGUAGAUUCCUUCAAGAAACGACAGAUUUCAACAAACGGCACAGCUAUGCGGGGGAGAGACGGGAGCCUUCUUACAUCCCUCACUAUUACAGGCAUGGCUCCAGUAACUGGAAUGUGGCAGAAGAAAGCAGGCGUUAUGGAGGGAACCACUACUCAAGCACAAUGGAGAACCCCUAUGAAAGCUCCAGGUUGAACAUGAUGAACAGGAACACUAACUUGCGCCAAUCCUACCACGGACAUGACAAACAAGUUCUCUCAAUGCAGCAGAACCUACCGAGCUUGGCAAACGCCUCCAAAUCCUUCCUGCGCACCUGGAGGAUAGAGUCCUACCUCAAUAACAGUGAGGUACCCAUUGGAGAGUCCUAUGACUAUCUGGACCCAUAUGAGUUGGAGAACAAGCCUGCUCCUACUUUGCAUUCUCGUCUUAGGUCAUCCCUGGUUUUCAAGUCCACCAUACCAGAACAUCCAGAAACCAACAGUUACACAAAUGGGUCCUCAUCCUCAAUACGCCACGAAGACCAGUUUGGGAUGCGGCCUGGUGCGCAGUACUACUCCUCAUCGCAGUGGAAUCAAUCAGGGUUGACGGACAAUCGUGAAGAAUUCAUGAUCAAGAGACGGAGUAUUCAGAUUUUAGACCCCUCAGGAAACAACAUGAGCUACACCUCAGGAAGAGAUGCAAUAUAUGCAAGCCUCGGCAGGGCUAAAAGUCGAAUCCUGGCUAAGGACCCUGAGCAAGAGAACUUGUACAAGAGGCACAGUGUGGCGGACCCUAGAUAUAACUCAUACAGCAGUAACGUUAAGGAGUCCUCCAGCCACAUGUAUGGGUCUCUGUCAAGAAGACAAACAGAGAGGAGCACAGUAGGAGAGAAUUCGAGAGGCAGAGAGUAUUCCCAAAAUCUCAAGGAGGACCACAGAUCUGUCUCUCAUCAUGACUUCAAAAGGGCCGAGAGCAAAGACCCGCCGCGUACAAUUUGGCAAGAGCCUCCCUCCAGGACCGUGUCGGCAACGGUUCUAGAAGUGGAGGACAAAGAACAGAGCAAACUUAAUGGCAUGUCAUCUCCACGUUUCUUCAAAAAGAGCACGAAGAAAAUAAAGUCGCUUCUAAACAUUCCUGAAAAGAGGGAGGGCUCUCCGAAAAGAAGGAAUAUUUCAAGCACUAAAGUGGGUGGCAGUUCUGACACCAUUCUUUCUGAAGAUGGGGAGCAGAAAGCACAGCAGGACUGCACAACCAUUUCUAUGAAAUCCACUGACAGCAGCAAGAUGAAAAGGGCAAAUGGGGGACUCUCUGGAAAUGUGAACCACGCAGCGGUCUUCUCCGGCGAGUCGUCUGCUCCUCGUUUCGGUACAGAGGAUCUCCACAGCUCCUCAGCAGGUGAUGGGAUCGUGAAAACAUCAGGACAGCUUUGUACAAAAGCUACAAAUGAGAGAUCAGCUAUAGCACGAGGAACAAGUCAGUGGCAGAGAGAUCACAUUGGCCCAAACAGAUUGUACAGCAGAUUUGAGCCCCUUUGCACAUUUGAGACUAAACGUACCUCUUCAGGCCAGGGCACCACUCUGUCUGCAAAUAGUCAUACAGCAGAGAAACAAAGAAGUUCUUACAUUACGAGAGGAAAUUUGAGCACUGAACAGAGCAAUCAUAUACUUCCACAGACACAAAUUCAAGACAAUAAAUUUGGACGUUUUAUACAAAGGAUGGGAAAUUUGAUAAACAAGAAUAAGUGACAACGGACAACCCUGCCACUAACAGACAAUACAGUUGCUUACUUGGAUGUUUCCAAGUUGCUAAUGCCAUUGAUGAAGUUGGCACUUCACUACACACUCACACUUAAAACUUUUUGACCCAAAGCAGGGAGAUUUCUCACUGGCUCUAGAAAUAAACAACCUUCAAGUUGUUACAUAAUGUUGCUGUAAGUUGGAUUCUGAGCCUUGGCUGGGCCUACACUACAUGAUUUUUGCCCCUUGCGUCAAAUUUUCACAAUCUGAAGUGAUUUUCCAGGUCGGGAGCUCGAUCGGAAGUGACUGACGGUGUGGAUGAUCUGGUAAUAUAAGAAGAGAAAGAAGUGAAUCUUUAGCCCUUUGAUCGAACUCUGAAGUGAUCAGAGUUCCUCUGAUAUUAUCUAACGUGUUUAAUAUUUACAACUCAAAAUAUCCGUAGUGUGAGAAGGUCAGAGAUUUACUCAACAAGUGAUUCCAACAACAGCCAAUCAGAAAGCUAGAAGAGCAGAGAAACAGGUGAAGAGACGUGACAGAGGAGCUGUGUGUAAAACACAGGCAGAUAAGAGCCGAUGUCAUGCUUAUAAUGUUGAUCCAGAUCAGGUCACUCUCUAAACAGUUUCAGCUCAGCUGCCAGUUUGUAGUGAAAUACUUCUCCAGCUCUCACUGUAUCAGUGUUUCUCACCACGAUUUAAUCCCCAUUUUUGCACUUCGCUGCACAUAAAUGCACAAACAGGUCCAGUAAGUUUAGCUUUAUUUGUGUCAGGUGAUCUGAGGAGAUCUGGGAGUUUGAGUUCUUAUUCGUAGCUCAGACUCAUUAUGUGUGUUAUUCUCUCUCUUUGCCUUCUCAUCUAGUCUGAGUGCCUCACGACAAAAAGACAAGAAAUUCUGUGACAAACUGACGUUAAGUUUGUGAUGCUCUCCGUUUUAGAAAUCUGUUAAGAUUGUAAAAGUUAUGUAGUGAACGCCCAGCCUCACCCAGUUCAUCCACAACCUUACUACACUACACAUGGAAAUAACUGGUAGUUUUUCAACUGUUAUAUUAAUUAAUAAGGUGCAAUAUUUUAUAUUGUGCUAAGUUGUGCUAAAGUAUGAGAUUGACAGGUGCAUGCUGACUGUGGAUUUAGAUACCAGUGUUGUUUAUCUGUGUAAUUAACAAUGUUUUUUAAAAUGUUUUUGCUUUACCUCAUGUGCAAAAUGUUACUGUUCUUUAUUAAUUGGUUGUGGGAGGAUUUCAUUGUAAGGCUGGUCCCAUUUACACCUGGCGUUAGUGUACUGUGUGGGUGAUCUGAUCAUAAGUUGACAGUAGGGGUGUUACGGUUUGACAUUUCAAUAAUAAGAUAACUUGGCCAAAAAUAUCACCAUUUUAUGAUACGCAAAGAUAUUAAAAACACAUGAAAAUUUGAGCAAUAAACCACUUGAAUGACACCU